AGGAAUGAAGUUUACUCAGGAUACUGAUGACUUCACUUCAACUCCAGCACUUAAAUUAGUCCAAUGUCUUUGGAGAGAAACAAUACGACGAGAUGAUGUCGAUGCUUUGGAACUCAUAAGAAAUCCUUCAAAUUUAUUGUUCGAUGCUGCAAAAUCGGGGAACUUUGCAUUCUUGGCUGAGAUCAUUCUCUCUUAUCCUGAUUUCGUCCAUGAAUUAGAUAAAAAUGAUCGAACCAUAUUUCACAUUGCAGUUUUACAUUGUCAUACCAAUAUACUGGAUCUAGUUCAUGAAAUUGGCUUUGCUAAGGAACUGUUAGGGACUUUCCUAGACAAAGAUGGAAAUAACAUAUUAUAUUUAGCAGCAAAAUAUCAACAUCCAGGUUCAGCCAGUACUGUUCCAGAUGCAGCUCUAGAAAUGCAGCCAGAAUUGUUAAAGUUGAAGGUAAAAAAAUUUGAGGUUGAAAAGAUUGUAAAACCUUCGUUUAAAGAAAUGAGAAAUUCAGAGGGCAGAACACCUGGCCAGUUAUUCACCAUUGAACAUUUAGAACUACCGAAAAGUGCAAAAGUUUCAACGAAGAAGACGGCCAGCUCAUGUAUAACUAUUGCUUCACUUGUAACUAUUGUCAUGUUUGCAGCAGCCUUCAGUACUGUAGGUAACAAUGGUGAAAUAGGAAGAUCAAUCAAUAGGAGGGAGAAUUUAUACCAGGUUUUUGUGAUCGCAGAUGCAAUCGCAUUAUUUGUCUCUUCUAUCUCGAUGCUGAUUUUUUUGUCCAUCCUUACACUGCACUGAAUUGUGCAGAAGAUGAUUUUCUCAAGUCUUUGCCGUUUAAAUUGAUGACCGGACUCUCAGCAUUCUACAUGUCAAUAAUUACAAUGCUGAUAGCAUU